AUGGUAUCAACACUAGAUUCCGUACCUGAACCCCAAAAUUUUGCACCUAGUCCAGAUUUUAAAUGGCUUUGUGAGGAGCUAUUUUCGAAAAUUGAUGAAGUUCAGGUUAAAGGAACCAUUGGAACCGGUAAAUCAAGAUCGUUCAAGUAUUACGAAGUAUUAUCGAAUUUUGUUGAAAUGUGGAGGAAAACAGUGGGAAACAAUAUAUAUCCAGCAUUAAUCCUUGCCCUUCCCUAUCGCGAUAGACGAAUUUAUAAUAUCAAGGAUUACGUACUCAUAAGAACUAUAUGCUCUUACUUGAAGUUGCCCAAAAAUUCUGCAACAGAGGGAAGACUGAAAGAUUGGAAACAGCGUGUAGGUAAAGGCAAAAAUCUUUCUUCCCUUCUCGUGGAAGAAAUUGCCAAAAGAAGGAGUGAACCAAAUGGAAAAGCGAUUACAAUUGAUGGUAUCAAUAGCACUCUAGAUGAAUUAAGUAAAGAUAGGAGCACUUCUGGAAGAGGAUUCAAAAACCUUGUCAAGUCAAGUCCUUUUCUACACUGCUUGGAAAGUAUGAGCUUUGUUGAGUUAAAAUAUUUCUUUGAUAUUUUGCUCAAAAGUAGAGUGAUAGGGGGUCAGGAGCACAAAUUUCUAAGCUGUUGGCAUCCUGAUGCCCAAGACUAUCUUAGUGUGGUAUCUGAUUUGAAAGUAGUAGCUUCAAAACUUUAUGACCCAAGAGUUCGUCUAAAAAAUGACGAUUUAACCAUAAAGGUUGGCUUUGCAUUCGCACCUCAAUUAGCCAAGAAAGUGAAUCUUCCAUAUGAGAAAAUAUGCCGUGCAUUACACAACGAUUUUUUAGUGGAAGAAAAAAUGGAUGGCGAACGAAUUCAAGUUCAUUAUAUGAAUUAUGGAAAAUCCGUACGAUUUUAUAGUAGACGAGGAAUCGACUAUACUUAUUUGUAUGGAGCAAGUUUGUCAUCAGGAACUAUUUCACAUCAUUUAGACUUUACAGAUAAUGUUAGAGAAUGCGUUUUGGAUGGUGAAAUGGUUACUUUUGAUGCAAGGAGAAAAGUAAUUCUCCCAUUCGGUCUUGUUAAAGGAAGUGCAAAAGAUGCGUUGUCUUUUAAUAGUAUAAACAACGUUGAUUUCCACCCCCUAUAUGUGGUGUUUGAUCUCUUAUACCUUAAUGGUACUUCUUUGACGCCGUUGCCUCUUCAUCAAAGAAAGGAAUACUUAGAGAGCAUCUUGACACCUGUGAAAAAUGUUGUAGAGAUGGUACGCACUUCUAGAUGUUAUAAUGUAGAGUCAAUAAAAAAAUCUUUGGAAGUUGCCAUCUCAUUGGGUUCGGAAGGAGUUGUUCUAAAGUAUUACAAUUCGAGUUAUAAUGUUGCCAGCCGAAACAACAACUGGAUCAAGGUGAAACCUGAGUAUUUAGAAGAAUUUGGAGAGAAUUUGGAUUUAGUAAUAAUAGGCAGGGACCCUGGUAAAAAAGAUUCCUUUAUGUUAGGACUACUACUCCUAAAUGAAAAAGAAAUGGAUAAAAGGGAUCAGGAAGUUUCGUCUGGAAUCGCAAACAAUUCAAAAAAUGAAAACAUACUAUACUCACAAAAGAAAGUAAAAAAAAUCCUUUCAUUUUGUUCUGUUGCCAACGGUAUAUCUCAAGAAGAAUUUAAAGAAAUUGAUCGUAAAACUAGAGGAUGCUGGAAAAAAACGUCCGAAGUCGCUCCUCCUGCUUCCAUUUUUGAGUUUGGCUCCAAAAUACCUGCCGAGUGGAUUGAACCUAAUGAAUCCAUUGUUCUAGAAAUAAAAUCGCGCUCUUUAGAUAACACGGAAACUAAUAUGCAGAAGUAUGCUACCAGUUGUACUUUGUACGGUGGCUAUUGUAAAAGAAUACGAUUUGAUAAAGACUGGACAGAUUGUUUUACACUUAAUGAAUUAUAUGACAGUAGGUCGGCCAGAUUUAAUCCUAGCUACCAAGCUGAAAAAUCUCAUCUUAAACUAGUACGCAAAAAGAGAAGGGAAGUACUAACUUCGAACACUUUUGACCAGAAAACGGAACAAAUCCCAACUUCAAUUAUAUUUGCUGGAUUAUAUUUUUAUGUUCUCUCUGACUACGUUACCAAUGCAUCUGAGGUACGAAUCACACGAGGGGAGCUUGAAAAUGCUAUUGUGAGACAUGGUGGUAGACUGAUAUAUAAUAUAAUUUUGAAACGUCAUUACAUUGGUGACGUUCGUCUAAUUAGCUGUAAAAAUACUACAGAAUGUAGAGCUUUAAUAAAUCGAGGAUACGAUAUACUGCACCCCAGUUGGGUGAUUGAUUGCGUAGCAUAUAAGAAGCUCAUUCCGAUUGAACCGUGCUAUUGUUUUAACGUUUCUCAAAAAAUGAGAGCAGUUGCCGAAAAAAGGGUGGAUUGCUUAGGUGAUAGUUUUGAGAAUGAUAUUUCGGAAACUAAACUGUCGUUAUUGUAUAAAUCACAGCAUAAUCUACCACCGCCAGAGGAAGUCGAGAGAGAUGCUGAGGUCCAGGUUUUUCCAUUGUUUCUGUUUUCCAAUAGAAUAGUAUACAUACCUCCCAGAAAAAUUGGUAUGAAAUAUGAGAAGACUUUAGAAAUGAAGAUUAGAUUGUUUGGUGGCAAAAUAACAGAUCGACAGUCUCUUUGUAACUUAGUCAUCAUACCAUAUGGCGAUCCUACUUGGAGGAAAGAUUGCAUAAAGGAGGUAAACGAACAAAUUAAAGAGCAAGUAAAGGCUCUUGACACUAUACCUAAAAUACCUAGGAUCGUUGCUCCUGAAUGGGUAGAUCAUUCUAUAUAUGGAAACUGUCAAGUUCCGGAAGAGGAUUUCCCCGUAGUCACCUAUUGA